AUGCACUGCUUUGCCGUCGUCGUCGUCCGUCACCCGCGCACGAAGCGCUGGCUCGCGGUGCAGGAAACAUCCAAGCACAAUCGCCUCUGGUGGCUGCCAGCGGGCCGCGUCGAGAAUGGCGAGACCUUCCCCGCCGCCGCCGUCCGCGAGACGCGGGAGGAGGCUGGCAUCGACAUUCGACUCGUUGGCGUCCUGCGUGUCGAGCACACGCCAAUAGGACCACAAAGUGACCGCAUGCGCAUCGUCUUCUACGCCGAGCCGAUGGAUGUGAGCGCGCCCAUCAAGACGACGGCCGAUGACGAGUCGCUCGGGGCGGCGUGGACAACUGUGCCCGAGCUCCAGGCGUGGGCCGAUGCGGGGCAGCUUCGUGACGAGGAGCUUCUGAACUGGGCCAUGUAUCUCGAGCGAGGCGGCGAGGUUGCACCGCUCUCUACGCUUGGCGCCGAGUCGAGCGGUCCCGAGCCGCAUAUGGAGUUUCGCGUCUUUUUCCAGCCGUCCAAGCCCGGCCAUCGGUACACGACGCUCCCGCCCGCGCCGGUGGAAGAACGUACGGACGUUUACAUCGCCCACAGCGCAGGCGUCGGGAUCAAGCAUCGCAGCGGGAAACGCUUGGAGAUCAAGGUGCGCACGGUGGACGCUGGCGAAGGCUGGGAAGCGUGGGGCAAGCAUCGGUGCGACGACGCCGACGUCAACACGGCGCUGGCGCGUCUCCAGCUCCCGCCACUGCCCACGCCAUCCAUCAACGUCCGCGUUCAAAAGCGCCGCGUCGCGACGGUUGUUGGCGGUCUCUACCUCAUGGAAGAGACAGAUCUCGUCGUCUCGGUUGACGGCGACCACGCGGCGUGGAAGACGAUCUGCAUCGAGGGCACACGCCACGCGUGUGAACGCGCCGCCGAGGCCCUCGUACACGUCUCGCUCCAGCACGAAGUCGUCUUUACAGGCGGGUACCCCGCUUUUGUGCGCGACGUCGUCCAGCGACGCGCCACGUCACAGCUCGACUAA